CCCGGCCAGUAGGGACCCGGGUUGCCAUAACGACAGAGGGGGCACUGGUGUGGUUGAGCGGGGCGCGUGCGCAUGCGCCGUUGUGGUGCGUCAUCUGAGUCGCCGGGCUGCUGCUCGCGGGGUAGCUGAGCCGCGGGCGGCCCGGGUCCCUCCUCGGCCAUGGCCCCCUCGCUCGCGCGCCGGGCCCUGCUGCCGCCGCCGCCGCCGCCGCUGCUGCUCCUGCUGCUGAGCGUGGCCCUGCUGGGCGCGCGCGCCGAGCCCCCGGCCGGGAGCGCCAUCCCUGCGCAGAGCCGCCCGUGCGUGGACUGCCACGCGUUCGAGUUCAUGCAGCGCGCGCUGCAGGACCUGCGGAAGACGGCCUACAGCCUGGAUGCGCGGACCGAGACCCUCCUGCUGCAGGCGGAGCGUCGGGCCCUGUGUGCUUGCUGGCCAGCUGGUCGCUAACCACUCCAGCCAGUGCUGUCUUCUGUCAAUAAACUCCACUCACAGUG